AUGCCUUACUGUUUCCUUCGUAUUACUAUUGGUGGGAAGAAGCCUGUCCCCGAAACACCUGAUAAGGAUUACAUUGUUGUGAAGCUAUACGACGAUGUUCCUAUCACAGCAGAGAACUUUCGGGCAUUGUGUACGGGAGAAAAGGGGGUUGGAGCAUCUGGAAACAAUUUAAGCUACCGUGGAAGUAUGUUUCACCGCGUUGUUCCCGGAUUUGUGAUUCAGGGUGGAGAAAUAUUCAGGCGAUUUUACUCAUGGGAAUGGAUACGGGGCGAGUCGAUCUAUGGACGCAAGUUUGCAGAUGAGAGUUUUGCUCGUAAACACGAUCGACCAGGCUUGUUAUCAAUGGCCAACGCGGGUCCGAAUACCAACACGUCUCAGUUCUUUAUCACGCUUGCGCCCCAACCGGGAUUAGACAAUAAACAUGUCGUGUUUGGGGAAGUUGUCGAAGGAUGGGAAAUUGUCCAAGCGAUUGAGAACACGCCUAUCAAAAAGGGCAAGGAGAAACCCAAGUCGGACGUGAAGAUUGUGCAGUGUGGACAACUUCAGUCCAACAACUAG